UUUGGCGCACAUAAACGUCGCAAUAAUUCGUUGUUGGAUUUUAUGUAGUUACGCAGUGCAAGCCCACGUUUAGCCCUGAAAAACUGCUUCAAAAAAUUAAAAACUCGAGGUAAAAGUGACUAAUUGUUCCAAAAUGUCGAACUUUGGCUUUGGAACACCUACAACGACAGCCAACACGAGUUUCGGUGGAUUCGGGACCCCAAAAGCUACAACUGGCUUUGGACUCACUGGAACGGGAUUCGGGACGCCUGCGCCAGCUGCCAGUGGCAGUUUAACCUUCGGAACUCCGACAGCCACCCCUGCAACAAGUGCACCAGCCCCCAAUUUCAAUUUUGGAGCGACAGCAACUGCAACCCCUCAGAGUCAAGCUGGGGGGUUGUUGACGAAUCCAGCGACUACAGCUGCACCUUCCAGUUUAUUUGGAACCCCUGCAACUACUUCUGCUGCGCCCCUCACUGGUUUGGGAUUUGGAACACUCACGAGCUCUGCUAACACUGGAUUUGGAGCCACUCCUAGUGCCACAGUCACGGGCUUUGGAGCAACUCCUAGUGCAACGGCCACAGGGUUCGGGGCAACUCCCAGUGCCACUGCUACUGGAGGACUCAGCUUUAGGGCUCCAACGACGUCAACAUCUUUAUUUGGCGCUGCACCUACAGGAGGCCUCUUCGGGGCUAAGCCUACAGCCACACUGGCUCCAGUCACAGCGACAACUAAUGUAAAUAAAGGUCUAGGGGGUUUGGAUGUUUCUGUUAGUAACAAAGGACUUUCUCAGGGGAGUAGUAGUCUCACAGCGGCCAAGGAGAAUCUCAUACCCAAUGAAAUCACUCAGACCAUUGAUGCAUUCAAAGAAUUUGUUAAAACCCAAAAAAGUCUGAGCUCGGACAUAGCCAGAGGUUCGGCAAGACCAUUGACCCGUUGCUCAGAAGACACAGCCUCCCUCAUGGAGAUGUUGACGACUCUAGCGGGAUCUGUCCAACGAGAUCGAUCUUUAGUAGAUAAAUUAAAGUUGGACACUGCGAAAGCCCUCCAGAGCGCCGAAAUCGCGCAGAGAACUCAUGAUACUCCCCCUGGGCUGCAGUAUGAGAAUAAUGCGCCUUUGCUGUUCUUCAUGGAGCUCGCCGAGACCUUUGAGCAGGACUUGAUGCUCUUUAGAUCGCAGAUUGAGACCACUGAGAAGCUUAUACAGACUAUGCUGACUCCCAGGGCACUUACACCCCAAGAGUUAACCAUGGCAAUGAAUAAAAUUCACGAGUCAUUGGUGGCCGUAGCUGGAAAAUUACAAGGAGUUCACGCCAAAGUGCAACAGCAGAAGGAGCAGUACCUCAAUCUACGAAAGUACAUACUUAAGGAUAGUACAAAUGUCUUUGAGGAGACGAAACCGAAUGGAAAAACCAGUAGGAGUAGCAUUGGAAGGGUCACCAGUGGACCCACUCCAUUUGGUCCAGGAAAUAAAAGUUUCCUCUCAUCAACAACAAUAACCUCAGGUCGACAGCCCAGUUAUGGAUCAGCAAAUCCUCUCGCUUGGGGUAAUGCAACGCCAGUGCCAUCGGCAACAAAUAUCACAAUGAAUGCUACGAUGAAACCACCAACGGCGAGUUUAAAUUUCAAUCCACCGUUAAAUCUGACCGCGCCAUUGUCGACGAGUGAAACGAGCUCGAGUUUUCAACUGCAAAAGCCACCAGUUGGUAAUAAACGUGGCAAACACUGAUACAAGUGUAAUGCGCUGAGUCCGAUGCAUUGAUUGAUGGAUUGGAAUUGAUCUGAUGCGCAAAUAGGAAACAGAUGCCUUGAGAGGGAAUUGAAUUUCAUUCAAUUCCCGUGAAGAUGGAUGAAACACUGUGGAUUGUUGUUCUCUCCACGCGAGGGAAUCGAGUCGACAGUUCUCAAUGAUUUUCUGGAAUUAUUCCACUAUCCGAUGUUUGAGAUCGUUAAGGCGAUGUGACUCGCAAUCGUGGUUAUAUCAUUGAUUUUUUGUGUAAUAAAGUAAUUUUUUAAUUAAUCAUUGAA